AUGAAACCUGGGGGUAACUCUAACCUGGGGACCUGCGUGGAUCGUGGGACAUGCAGAGAUCUAGUCGCACAGCUCCGCGUUCCGCCGCCUGACUCUACGGCCGCUACCGACACACGGAACUGCCCUCGCGGAAGGUUAAUCAUGACGGAGUAUAAGCUGGUUGUGGUGGGAGCUGGUGGUGUUGGGAAGAGCGCUCUUACUAUCCAACUCAUCCAGAAUCACUUUGUGGAUGAAUACGACCCGACCAUCGAGGACUCUUACAGAAAGCAGGUGGUGAUCGAUGGAGAGACAUGUCUCCUGGACAUCCUGGACACUGCAGGUCAGGAGGAGUACAGCGCCAUGAGAGACCAGUACAUGAGGACAGGGGAAGGCUUCCUCUGUGUCUUUGCCAUCAACAACAUCAAGUCCUUUGAGGACAUUCACCACUACAGAGAGCAGAUCAAGCGGGUGAAGGACUCUGAAGACGUCCCGAUGGUGUUAGUAGGAAACAAGUGUGACCUCCCGUCCCGGUCCGUGGACACCAAGCAGGCUCAGGACUUAGCACGCAGCUACGGCAUUCCCUUUAUCGAGACCUCAGCCAAAACCAGACAGAGGGUGGAGGAUGCCUUUUACACUCUGGUGCGGGAGAUCAGGCAGUACCGCCUCAAUAGGCUCUGCAAGGAAGAAAAGACCCCGCGCUCGCGCCGUGACGGUUCUCUGGGUUCUGCGGGCUCUUGUGGGCUCUUGUGGGCUCCUGCGGGCUCCUGCGGGCUCUUGUGGGCUCUUGUGGGCUCCUGCGGGCUCCUGCGGGCUCUUGUGGGCUCUUGUGGGCUCCUGCGGGCUCCUGCGGGCUCUUGUGGGCUCUUGUGGGCUCCUGUGGGCUCCUGCGGGCUCUUGUGGGCUCUUGUGGGCUCCUGUGGGCUCCUGCGGGCUCCUGCGGGCUCCUGCGGGCUCCUGCGGGUUCCUGCGGGGUUCUUCUGGUGUAAUUGA